CGAAAUUAUGUACACGAGUUUUGUCUUCAAAUCGAUUCCGUAAACUUGUUCAUCUGACGUCGGAUCGGACUCUACAACAAUGUCUGCCGACGUCCAGCGGCGGAUGUACACACCGGCUUGCUCGGAGCGGCAAGGCCCGCUUGUGGCUCCAGAGCCUUUCGGGAAUGUCAUCGGAUCUCGACCCGAUCACAACGUUAUGGUUCAGGAAAUCUUCGAAGAACUCAGCUAUGACUCCAAAGGCAACCGCCUUACCGCUCCCCCUACCGACAAACACUCCAUCAAGAUGGCCGAACGAGCUAUUGCACUCUUGUGCUCGUCUGAUAAAGAUGUGAAAUACUUCAAGGCCGUUCGAACUCUGGUGACCAUUCUUGCGGCACGUUAUGAGCAGACCGAAGACCCGGAGGACCUCAACAAAGCCAUUAGCACCGCUGAGAAACAUGCCUUUCGUGGCCGAAUUCUGAAGUCCGACGACUUCGACACCAUGUGGUCUGUGCAUGAGAUGGCAGCUGAGCUCUAUGCAUGGCGAUUUCACCUGAAAGGGAAUCUGGACGACAUCAACUUUGCAAUCUCACAUAUGCACGCUGCGGAGCAAUUGAUGAAGAACCGCUGGGCCUUUGCACCGGACGACGCUUAUGCUUUGAUGCUCUACAAUUUUGGAGUAACACUCUACGAAAAGUAUUGUGCGACUGGCGGUCGGCAGGAUUUGAACAGAGCCAUAGGGAAGACGAUGCGCGCAGUCGAAUGCGCCGGAGUAUCCAAUCCCGACCGAGCGUCUUUUCUUGCCAGCUUGGGCAGGAUGCUGCAUGAGCGGUUCGACGGGAGCGGGGCUCUCGCCGAUUUAGAAUCAGCCAUUGCGAAAACUCAAGAGGCUAUUAACCUGUUUGUUGGAAUGCCUGGUCAGGACGACGAGGGACUGCAUUCGUGUUUAAUGGAGCUAGCUAACAUGCAAAGGCAAAGACGAAUCAUUCGGAGCGCUCGAGACAAAGCAACGCGGAGCGAACAGCGACCGUCAGAAUUUGUUCCUACACUUUCAAGUCGGAGUGUAUGUGCGAGAGUGGCUCCGGAUCUACCAGUCUCGGAGGACAUCGAGGCUGCUAAAGUCACCGUCCCUGUGGCCAAACCAGAGAAGACUUUCAGCCUCUCGUUGAUCCCUUCAAGCUCGCCCGGAUCGAAAGAAUCCUUCAAAGCCUCAAAACAUGUCGUUAUACGAGCCCUUCCUCCUUCAGGAGGCCGAUCAAACGCAGUGGAUUAUAGAUCGCUACGCCAACCCGGCAAGAUAAUCCUCCAACCCUCCAUCAUGUUCGGACUCUGUGGAGCCUCGAGUACGGUCCUUCCAUACACCGUAACCAAUGGAUCUGAGACGUCCCGGCAUAGCGAGCCCACCGAAUAUCUGGCCUUGCCAUGGGUGGAAUAUCCCGCCCCGCAACACACUCUAAUGCUCUGUGGGACCGAGGAAGACCAGGAGCCCGAUUUAUGCGAUUCGACAACACUCGGUUCGGACUCAGACUCGUCAGGAUAUGAUUCCAACGGCGAGAAACAGCUAAGCCAGAGGCCAUGCCAUUUCAGCGCAAUGCUCCAGGGCCUUAACCCGUCUAGAAUGUGCAGCCAAGGGCUCAGGGAGCGGCCGGCGGAUCACGGAGCUCCCACGUCGGGCUCUGGCACCGGGACAGUAGCUUCCAGCACCUCGCCAUCUUCGCGCAAUAGCCCUUCGUCCGCUGGGAAACGACUGUUUCGGACAUCCGAGCGACCUAAAGGGGGUGAAGAUUCUGACGAUGAAGACGAAGAUGAUAUUCCAAGAAAGCGAGCAAAAUCAGCGUCCGAGCACGCCUCCAACAAGAAGUCGCGUAGGCUGAAAUGUCCGUAUUAUCAAAGGCGGCCCGAAGGCCAUUCUGACGCAGCCUGUCGAGGAAGAGGGUUUGAUGGGAUGGCAAAGCUGAAAGAUCAUCUGAAACGGAAACACCUCCAGCCGAUCAAGUGCAUGCGCUGCUGGCUGGAGAUGCCAUCCGUAGAGGCCCGAAACCAACAUUUACAGCAAGAUCCCAUUUGUGGGAAGUUGCCCGAACCAUUCGAUGAACGCAUAUGCGCAUCUAAGUUGCGGUCAUUGAACUUCAACAGUGGGAGCUUUGGACGAGCCAGGAGCGUGGAGGAGAAGUGGAGACUGCUCUAUCAGGAGCUGUUCCCGGACGAGCUAACGGUGCCCUCGCCUUACACGGAUGAACUGCCUGGCAUGAACACAUACACGAAACGCAGAUUCCUUGAUAUCUUCAAGGAGGAGGCAUCGAAGGAAAUAGAUCCAGCGCUCCAACACCUUAUAGCCAAACUUGACGGCAUCAUGCUGCGUACGGAGGACCGCCUCCAUCACGAAUUCGAAUCUGCAUCCCAGUCGGACAGCUCAGACACCCCUCCUCUACAAGCAAAGAGCUUGGUACCAGGCACACCAGAUAUUGGACAGCUGGAUGCUUCUAGGACCGGCAGUUUCAUCUUCGAUACGCAACCCUCUGAGACUGACUUAGCCCUCCAAUCCACGUGGGAUCCGCUCCUGGGAAUUGGAGCUACAAUCAUCGAUUCGGACCAUCUUUCGUACCCUGUCCCCUCCAAGAAGCCGAUCCGUCCGCCACACACACCGCUCCUCGUUCACGACAUGUCCUCAGCCUUUGACAACAUUACCGAGAUGCAACACCUCGGCUACGAUCUCGACUCAGUCGAGGGCUUCGGACUGGAUUCAUCGCUGUGGGCUUUUCCUUACGGCUGA